UCCAUGAAUCACGUUUCACUUUCGUUUCUUUCAAAGUUUCGCAAAGUGGGAGACGGUAGCCGAAGUCCACGCCACAAACCUGCCUCGAGAUGAACGCAAAAGUGUCGAAUUUCCUCAUCCAGACCCUGUGUGACAACCAAGGCAGUUUGGACUUCAGGGUUUUGACUGGGAAAGUGGAACAGGCGUUUCCUGGUGCGGCGCAAGUUCUUCAACAUUUUCUUUCGGACACAGCCAGAAUAGCAGUGCAUAAUGGCACCCUGGCCGUCGCUGCGGGUCAGAUAUGCAGCCAAGACAGUGUCAUUGUGGCAAAAACGUCGCUACGGAUCUGCCAGAAGAAACCUGGCGAGUGUUUGCAGUGUGAGAAUUUGCAUCUGUGCAAGUUUUAUCUGUUGGGGACCUGCACGUUUGGAUUGAAAUGUAAAUGUCCACACAACUUGAAUUGGCCGCACAAUGUAGAGCUGUUGAAGAAACAUGACCUCCUACACCUUUCAGAAAAACAACUGUUCCAAAUGUUAUUACAGAAUGACCCCUACCUUCUUCCGGAGAUAUGCUCACAUUACAAUAUGGGCGAAGGUGUUAGCGGUUUGUGCAAGUUCGCCUCUACGUGCCACAAGCUUCAUAUCUGCAAGCCCCAUUUCACCACAGGAGUCUGUAAACUAGGCCCAUCAUGUUGCAGAAUCCACGAUCUUAAUCCAAAGGUGCACAAGAGUUUUGAAAAAUUCAGCCCAGAGAAGAUUGCGAGUCUCCCAAAAGUCUACAAAAAUAAAAGCAUGCUCACGGAUGAUCAGAAGAGUCGAGCUAAUGCCGCUCCUGGUAGUAGUAUAGCGGUGCUGCUGUGUCAGUGGGUGCAACUAAGAAUUCUGACACGAAGGAAAUUUGCCUCUUCUUCCUCAAAAAACAAUGCACCUAUAAAGGUAACACUGGGCUCUCACUUGCACUUUUUGUAUUUGUAUUUAUAUGAAACUAAAGAAAUAGUGAGACCUCGCUUUGUGUCCUCCAAAGAUGUGGAGAUCAUGCUGACCAGCUCCAGGCCUUUGACUGAACAAUGCCCUCCCCAUUGGGACAAGAAUGCCCUGCCUGACAUUGGAUACAAGCUCGUGCCUCUUCCCAAAUCUCCAGAGUAUGACAGGAUUGAAUGUUUGUUCAAGGCAACAAUGCCAAAGAGUAGGAUCCACAGUAUCAACAGGAUCCAGAACCCUUUGCUGUGGACAUCCUUUCAGCUGCACAGAGAUCAGAUGAAGAAGAGGAAUGGAGGGAAGCCUGUCAUUGAGCAGUAUUUGUUCCACGGGACAAACGAUAACUUGAUCGCAGCCAUAUGUGAGCAAAACUUCGACUGGAGGAUGAGCGGCGUCCACGGCACCGCCUUUGGCAAAGGAAGCUACUUUGCCAAAAAGGCUUCUUACUCAAACCGCUACGCCACGGUCAGAAAUGGGAACAAGAGUAUGUUUGUGGCCCUGGUCUUGGUUGGCGAUUACAUCAAGGGAAGCAGCCAGUAUGCCCGUCCACCGGCCAAACCAAUGAGCCUAACCCUUUACGAUAGCUGCGUUGAUGACGAGAAAACCCCCACUAUUUUUGUGAUCUUUGAACGUCAGCAGAUUUAUCCGGAGUACAUUAUUCAGUACUCUGAGUAGCAAUAGCAGAUGUUGCUUGAGGUGAUUCGGGGGGUUUUGUCUUCCAAUGAUUGUGGUGUUUCCAAUGAGAGCUUUGGUUAUCCCAGGACCAACUUUAGUUUUAAAAGUUCAUCAAAAUAACAAAGGUUAUAACAUACUGUAUAUACUUUCUUGGCUUCAGUAAAAGCCAAGUACAACAAAGUGCAGUACUUGAUUCUUAAGACUUGGGAAAGUUGUGAAUGUAACUAAACAUUUCUUUCAAAUAACACAGAAAAGUACUUUACCAUAACAUAAUCCAUAUGAACCAGACAUAUCAAAUUUGGGACAUAACAAAUCUGGCCCUAACUCAGUAAUGCUGUCUGUGUUUCACACAGGUGCAAGUAAAAGUUAACCAUUGACAUUGGCAGAGACUUUGCUUCUGAUGUCACUUUUUAGGGCUGCUGCUCCUUUAAGAGUGACUAUAGAAAAAGAAAAUUUAAAUAUGUGCACGGAUGGUAUUAUGACAUUUGAACUAAAUUAGUAACCAGAGUAGCAAUCCAAUUUGGAAAAAAAUGUAAAAGGGUAGAAUUUUCUUUUUCGAAAUUGAUCCAAAAUCAUUCUUUUAAAGCCAUCUGAAACGAGAUCUGCUCAAUACUGUACACUAAAAUUUUGUGUUGAGGGUGUCCAACUUACAGUUUUCAAUACACAGUGUUUAUUUGUUGGGCAAAUAAAAUGUGAGUUUCUACAUUGUUGAAUUAUGCUCUUUAACUUGAGUUUUUGAGUGACACAUUUUCAAAGAAAUACAAUCAUUUUACUGAACUGUAAUUUUUGAUGGAACAAAAUGAAUAAAAGUAAUCCAGAAUACA